AGACAUGUGCCUACUCUUCACGAGCAGUAGUAGUACAUGUAGGUCAAGUACAAGACAUGGACCUACCCCGGCCUUUACCAACAGUAGUGGUACAUGUAGGGGAGUACAAGACAUGUGCCUACCCCUCAUCCAACAGUAGUACAUUCAGAGGAUGCCAAUCACUAGGGAGGAGGAGGAGGCAUUGAAUGAUCACUUUUUGAUCAACAGCUACGUAGAAGGGUUUGCAACAAGCCAGGCUGAUACAAUAUUAUUUGACCAAUUUAGAUCCACCCCCAACCAAGACCUCCAUAAUCUCCACCGCUGGUAUAAACAUAUAGACAGCUUUGGCAGUGACAGGUCAAAAUUUCCAGGCCCUAAAAGAAACAGCUUAAUACUGUCAGUGAAUAAGAUAAAGGUGACAGUAAUGAUGAAUAACAAAAUUGAGAAAGAUGGACCCAAACAGGUGGAACAGCAGCAGCUAGAGCAGCAGUUAACCGAGGAUAUUGUUGAUCCAUGGAAUGUACAAGCUUCUAGCAAUAAGGGCAUUGAUUAUGAUAAGUUGAUAGAUAGAUUUGGGUCAUCUCGUAUUGAUGAUGCCCUUCUGGAGAGAUUUGAGAAACUGACUGGGCAAAACCCUCAUCAUUUCUUGAGACGAGGAAUAUUCUUCUCACACCGGGACAUGCAUAGAAUCCUGAACCUGGUUGAAGCAGGCAAAAAAUUCUUUCUGUAUACUGGUCGAGGUCCGUCAUCUGAUUCUAUGCAUGUUGGUCACCUCAUCCCAUUUAUUAUGACAAAGUGGCUCCAGGAUGUAUUUGAUGUUCCUUUAAUAAUUCAGAUGACUGAUGAUGAAAAAUAUCUGUGGAAGGAUCUCAAGCUAGAACACUGCAAUAAUCUUGCUUAUGAGAAUGCCAAGGACAUCAUUGCUGUUGGAUUUGACAUGAGCAAAACUUUUAUAUUUUCUGAUGUCGACUUUAUAGGUGGAGAGUUUUAUAAAAAUGUGUUAAAGGUCCAGAAGCACGUAACAUUCAACCAAGUUAAAGGAAUUUUUGGGUUUGACGAGUCCUCCAAUAUUGGGAAGAUAAUGUUUCCCGCUAUUCAAGCAGUUCCCAGUUUCUCCUCCAGCUUUCCAUUCAUAUUUGGUGGAAAAAAGGACAUCCCAUGUCUUAUUCCAUGUGCUAUUGAUCAGGACCCGUACUUCCGGAUGACCCGGGACGUCGCACCCAGGUUAGGAUUCCAAAAGCCUGCACUCAUUCACUCCACCUUCUUCCCAGCACUGCAGGGUGCCAGUAGCAAGAUGAGUGCCUCAGAUGAGAAUUCAUCUAUAUUUUUGACUGACACUGCAAAUCAAAUUAAGAAAAAGGUAAACAAAUAUGCUUUCUCAGGUGGCAAAGAUACAGUAGAGGAACACAGAGAAAAGGGUGGAGACUGUGAGGUGGAUGUGUCUUUUAUGUACCUUAGAUUCUUCAUGGAAGAUGAUGGUAGAUUAGAAGAGAUUCGGCAGCAGUAUUCCUCUGGUCAAAUGCUCACUGGAGAACUCAAGGCAGAGUUGAUUCAGGUACUGGUUAUAAUUAUUGGCAUCUGUAUUUUUAAAGUUAAUCCAUAUACAGUUUUCACUUGCCAACACUAAUUCUUAAAAUAGUGAUAUAUAAUAUUAUUGAAAAUCUUGAAGUGUCAGGAUGAAAUGAUUGAAGGAUAGAGAGUUUUGGGUAAGCACACAAUUUUAAUUACUUUUGUAGGUGGCCAUAAAGACAAAGAUAGUUUGUCCCAUCUUUCUCUGAGGAAGGUGAGUUAAUGAGAUUGGGUUUGGGAAAUUUACUACAAAAGUCCCAUGCUGUACUUUUUUUUUAUUUGACAUGUUUACUACCACUUUCCUUUUCUCUCAGUUUAUUAAACUGUUUGAAAAUAUACAGUACUGUAAGAUAAUGCAAAGAAGAAUGAAAAAUCACUGAACUGUAGUUGGAACAGUGCACAAAUACUGCAGUUCUCUAUUUUG